UCAAUCACUUAAUCAUUCACAAGCCACUACAGCGUUCAUGGACUGUCCGUUGGCGAGGAUCUACAGCUGAAGAACAUUUGUGCAUCAUUGUGCGCUGAGAUGAGUUGAUUAAAGAAAGUUCUUAUCUUUCUCUUGGUUAGACUUUGGAUAUUUGAGUAGUUUUAUUUCCUCAAAACCGAAACGCACGUGUUUUUGUUGACCGGAUUGAGCUUCAUGAGCCUAUAGGUCACCUCGACCCCUGACGACGCGGUGAGCACCGGAUGCGCAAGAGCGCGGACGAAUUUUUUUUUUUUUUGUCUUAGUUUCUUUCUUUCUUUCUUUCCUGACGCGCGCGCGUUGUGUGUUCCUCUGCAGCACGAGCACAUCGCAACGCGUCUCGGCGCGCGCCCAUGCGGACGCCGCGGAUUGGCUCGCGUGCGUCCGGCUCUCGUGAACGGCUCGCGUCCGCGCCGCUGACAUGCAGUCCUUAAUCUCACCGGUGACCAAAGCGAUCUUGGUUGCCUUGUUCAUUUUCGCCAUCUUGCUCAUCCUCUACGUGAUCCUGUGGUACAUAUGUCGUGACGUGGACUGCGACCACGGCAUCUGAUUUAUGAUUUUUUUUCUUUUUCUGGAGCACGCGAGCCGCCUUGGGAACGGGGAUGACCUCGCCGUGUUUUGCCCAGACAGAAUGGGAGGGUUGCCAUAGUGACGGGAGGAGCCAGAGGAAUGGGCUAUGAAACUUCUCGACACCUGGCGAGCCUGGGCACGCAUGUGGUCAUCGCUGGAAAUGAGGAAGAGGAGGGUCUCAUUGCAGUGAAGAAAAUCCAGAAGGAGAGCGGACACAGGAAAGUGGAGUUCAUGUACCUGGACUUGGCCUCCUUGAAGUCCGUGCGACAGUUUGUGCAGAGAUUUAAAGCCAGGGGUCUGCCUCUACACACUCUCGUCAAUAACGCUGGUGUUAUGCUGGUCCCAGAAAGGAAGACAGAGGACGGAUUUGAGUUGCACUUUGGACUGAACUAUUUGGGCCAUUUCUUGUUGACCAACUUGCUGCUUGACGUGCUGAGAGAUUCUGGGCAGAGUGGGAGGUACUCCCGAAUCGUCACAGUGUCCUCAGCCACUCAUUAUGGAGGAAGACUUGACCUAAACGACCUGCAGGGCAGGUCGUGUUACUGUUCCCAUGGUGCGUACUCUCAGAGUAAACUGGCCCUGGUGCUUUUCACCUAUCACCUGCAGGAGCAGCUGUGGGCUCGAGGUGAUCCAAUAACGGCUAACGCUGUGGACCCUGGCAUGGUGGACACGGACUUGUACCAGAACCUGUGCUCUCCUGCUCAGCUGGCCAAAAAACCUGUGGCCAAACUACUCUUCAGGACUCCGGCUGAAGGAGCGUCCACGGGCGUUUACGCAGCCACCACCUCUGAGCUGGAGGGGCUCGGUGGCCUGUACCUAUACAACGGCCAGAAGAAGAUCUCCUCAGCAAGCUCCUAUGAUAAACAGCUGCAGGAAAAGCUGUGGACCAAGAGCUGUGCGAUGGUGGGUCUUCAGAAAGCCUGAAGAACCUUGAGGAACAUCUGAACAUCUUCCUGAUGAGCAUUUGAGUCAUGAUUACAAUGACAAAGGUUCAUUUGCUGGCAGUUUCAUUUUGCACUUUGUCUCAUACCUGGUAUAUUGCAUUAUAGAGGAAGAAGUUAUUACUUCUUCCUUUGUAGCAAUCCCUGGAGAUUGAUUCUUCUGUCUGAAGGUAAAUAUUUCUCAAAAAGGACAAAAAGUAUACCAUUUCCAAGCCCAGUGUUGUGAUUCUGCACUAUGAGAACUUUUAUAACAUUAAUGCUAAGAACCAGAAUCAAUGCAAUAACAAGUUCUACUGAUUUGCCAAGCUGCAAGCGGUGGCUUUUAAAUUACUGUAAAAAACAAAACAAAACAAAACAAAAAACAAUCAACUUGACCUGUGGAUUAUGGUCAUGUACUGCCUCAAAAAAAAAAAAUGUCCAAAAUGGACAACGCUCUGCCUCUCUGUUUUCAUUUCCUCCUGCUUCAGGGGAAAAAAUCUCGUCUUGUGCUGUCUUCAGUGAAUUCCCCUGUUCCUGUGUGGUCCUUUUCUCGCUGCUAAAUCAAAAAUGCUCUAACACUUAAUGAUGGAAACCAACCGAGUGCAAUUGAAAACACUGCAGAUGCACAGCCAGAAGGCUACAGCGGGGGAAACAGUUAUUUGAUAAAGCUUCAUUUUUCAGUUUUCCACCCUGAAAUUCUGAGUAGCGUCUCGGUAGCUUUUCCCAAUGCAGGUACUUCACCUGGGCCUACCUACUCUUUCCUGCUAGGAUUUUAUUUUUCUUUUGUUAUUAUUAUUUUGUCUAUCUUUGGUGACUGUGAUGUGUUAGAAAAAUGUGAUUGUAGUGUCUGAGCAAUCUACUAACAGCUGUAGUGUUCUGUUUCUCCUUUUUUUUCACCAUUUAGUCGUUCUCUUAUCAUGGAACUGUUGAGAGGAAAUGUUUGAAUUUUAUAAAUUGUGAAUACGGUAUUUGGAGUGUUUCGAUACUAGACGUAAACACUCAAACGUGUCCUGAAUAAUACUUUGAAUCCAGUCGGCCAAGUCUCAUUGUGAAUUCACAGCGCUUGACUAAGUAUUUUGGAUAAAAGAAAGAUGAGUGAAGCAAUGGAAAGAAAUAAGAAAUGAAUAGAAAGGACUUCUAGUUUUCUAGCUCCCUUGUGUAAAACUAUGAGUGACUGGAAUGUGUGAACUCCUCCAAGUGCUGCUUCGCCCUGCAGAAAAUUUCACUUGUAUCCAUGUCAAAUGUUACUGUGUUAAGUGUACGUGUCUGUAUUUAUGUGUAAGUGACCAAUGAGUUGCCCAAACAUGUGCUCAGAAUGCUAUAACAGUACGCUUCCCAGUAUUUCACUGUUCCUGUGAACUCCAUUCAAACUUCCCCUUCUAUUUUAACCAAUCAAGAGCCGGGUUCUCUUUGAUCCCAGCGUAUUGUAUGAUCUGUGUAUGCUAAUCAGUCGGAGCUAUUUGGCUUUCAUCCCAAUCGCAAGGGUAAUUACAGCUGUAAUUGCAGCCCUAGAGUGAUUGCUUCCUUGCUCAGCUACCAGUCAGUUUAAUUAGAUAGCGAUAAGAAGGUAAGGAAUAAAUCUGUAACAAUAUUUAGGAUUGAUCAGAAACGCAGCUCAGAAGGAGAUAAUUGCACACACGCUCGUGAUUAUUAAAGGCAACCACUGCUCACUGUGAACAGCGCCAUUAUGGUUUGAUCGUCAUUCUCAAUCUCUUAACACUCGACACAAGUGGAGCGUUCUGUCGAGUGAUGUGGAAGUGUCAUCGUCUCUUAAACAGGGAGAAAAAAAAAAGAAGAAAACGCAUUUCCUUUGGUUGAAAUUUCAAAAGAAACCUUGAAAUCAAUGUUACUUCAGCUGUCGUGUCUUUAUUUGAUGUGUGAUGCCGGUGAGUGGGGAAUUAAAAUUUAUUUUUGUGGAAUGAGAAA